AUGCGGCACUUUUUUGCAGUGCUGCCAGCUCAACUAGCCGCCUGUGGCGCCGGUGGCGCUUGUGGCCGCUGUUUCGCCCCUGUGCUUUGGAAGCAGCCCUUGACCGUCUUUCCCGCGCGCCGGGAGCGACGAGCUCUUGCGGUCCGUGAGCGACGAGCUCCUCGCCCUUCGGAGGCCGACCUGGACUCCUCGUUGUGCCACGGGGCGACGGCGUGGGCGACGGGUGACGCACUGGGCGACUGGGGAAGGGUCCGACUGCGUGGGUCAGAGCGGUCGGCUCGGGCUCGGUUCCAAAAAGAUCUCAAAGAAUCAAGACAUGUCAAGACAUGUCAAGACACUCACAGCAUUGGAUUUGUUGCUUUGAUCCAUUUGCAGAGAACUUCACAUGAGCUUUUGCUAGACUGGGCACGAAUGAUGUCGAAAGAUCAGACAAGUGCCUGGAUAGGAUGGGUUGUGCAGUGGAAAGCGGCACUUUGGGUUAGAGCUCAAAUCAAUACCAUGCCUCAUCACAGCCCUUCUGUGAUGUUCAGCCCGCUUGCCUGGGCCUCUCUUGAUUCAAGCAGGGAUCCACCCAAUGGAUGCCAGGGAGGGCACCGCCUCGUUUUUGCUCCUCGUCCUGGGCGCCUUGGGCACCGCCUCGGGGCGCGCGCUUCGACCGUUCAUCACGGGGUCUUGGCCGAAACUGACAUGGGAGUCUUCUGGCCACGAAGCACGGCAGGUGGAGUGCAGAUGGCCAUGAAGAUGUCCAUGUUUGGCAGAGCUUUCGGAGUGCAUUGCGGAAGAUGCACUCUCCCAGUGUGCGGAUGCGUGGCCAGAACGAGAAGGGAGUCAUGA